AUGGGAAUCACAGAAUUUGAUUUGCAACCCCUGAAUAAAAUCAAUGUCCCAUUUGAAUAUGAAAAUGAUGUAUAAUUUUACAAAGAGUCGAUAAUGAAGUAGCAUGAAAAAAGGAGACAAAGAUUAUUAAUCGAAUACAAUGAAUUAAUAAAUUUCAAAUAAAAUCAAAGCCUUCAAACUCCUAAGAUUUUAGUUUAAGGCGAAAAAAUUGAUGAUUCAUAGAGCAUAGAAAGGCAUGAGAAAUUGAUUAAGGUGAAGAAGAUACAAUAAGAACAGAUGGAUAAAUAAUUGUUAAAAUAUUCAUAGAAAGAAUAAUUAAUUGAGUCUCGGAGAAAACAAAUAAAUAGUGAAAGAGAAUUUAGAGCAUAUCAAAAAGAGGUAUUAGACACAUCACGAAUAGAAUUAAUUUAAAGAAAUAAAGCAUAAUUAUCUAAAAUGAUGCAUGAUAAAUAUGAGAAACGCAAAAUGAGUUACGAUGCCAAAUUAUAAAGAUUUGAACUGUCUAAAUAAGCUCAAUAAGUUGUUCCAAGAAAAACAAGAUUUGAUGAAACAGUGGCUAGAUAUUAAAAAAGCGUUGAGGAGAGAAAAUUAAAAGAUUAGGAGAAGUUAAGAAAAUUAGAAGAAAGUAUAGAAAAAGCUAAUACUAAGAAAUAAUCAAAUAUAACAGAAGUUAAGAGAAAAGGUUUGCUUGAAUAACUAAAAAUUGAGGAUGCAUUUUUCAAUAGAGAAAGAUCAUAGCUUGCGAAAUAGAGAAGAUUGUUAGAAAAAUUGUAAAUAAGAACAGAGGUUGUUAGAUAAAAUUAGAAAGAACCUAAAUAAAAGCCAUAUCCAUUUCCAAAAUUUCUUUGUAAUAAAGAUUAAAGAAAAGCGAGUUCUUUAACAUUAUAGCGAUUUGCUUCAGAAAUCAUAGAUCCACUUGAAUAAGUAAACAUCCAUGAUUUAGAAGAGAAACUACUAGGGAUAUGUUCAUCUUAAGACAAAAUACAAAGAGAUUAAUUUGUUAAAACUAAUUAUUUGUUUUUAUAUAACUGAUAUGGAUUAUCUCACAUAAGAUGAAGUAGGCGGUAUUGUUGCCAAAGGCCUAGCAGCUCUUUAUUUAGAAAAGCCAUAAUUUCCUAUUGAUUAUCUUGCAAAAUGGCUUCUAACUUACUCAUAAUUGCUUUAAAAAUAAAAGGCAAGAGAAGAAAAAGUAUUGAAUAAAAUUCGAUAUUUAUUAGUAACAAGUUAAAGAAACAAAGGUAAAGGAAUUCAAAGUUUUAACUGAAUAAUUAGCAUUUCUAAAAGAAGAGAGCGAUAGACUCGAGAAUUUGUAAAAAGAGAAACAUGAAUAAUUUUUAGAAUCAAUUAAAUAGGCAAAAUAUCAUGAUGAAUUCUUAGGGGAUGUAUUUUGUGAUUAUGUUGCAAAUCGAUUUGUAAUUAUGAUAUGUAAUGACAGAGAGUUAACACUUAUGUUUGUGAACUUGAUUUUCCAAGAAAGGAGAUUGAUCAAAAUUUGGAAGACGAUGAAAACGCUCAUAUUAAUUUAGAGGGAGCAAAGCUUUUGACCUAUGUAUAUGCUGAUUAGAAUUCAAAAUUCUUGAUUGGCUAAAAUUUACUUCCAGAAACAGGAGUUACAUAUGAUGCAUUAAAAGAACCAUAACCAGAUGAAAAUGGAGAAGUAAUUUAAACAAAUGGCAUUUAUAUAUCAAAUGUUGUUAAAGAGCCUAGAAUAGUAUAUCAUAAGUGGCCGAAAUUAGGAGCAUAUUAUGCUAUACCUUUAAUUUAUUAAAGCUGUUUAUAUGAAUAAUCAUUUGAUCAAGGAAUUGAAUAGAGAUCUCAAUAUUUAAUUUUAAAAGAAAAUUAAGAUAAGGAAAGAUCAGCGAAAGAAGCAGAAUUCGAAGAGAGACUUGAAUCUGAGGAUCCAGCUGUAAUAGAAUAGGAAAAAUAAGCAUAUUUAGCUGGUUUAGAACCUCUUUUGGAACCAUCUUUUGCUUAACAAAAAAAAGAGUAUGUUUUUUGUAUCGACUCUUUGGGAUAGGAUAGGGAAAUUCCAGAAAAUCAUAGAUAGGAGAUUUUUGAUUUGGUUAAUCUGCUAAUUAAAUAAUGGGAAUUACAAGAAAUAUAAUCAAUGAAGGCAGACGUAGAAUUACAAUUACAAUAUUAAGCCUCACUUGGUGCUCCAUACAAAGAGAUACUUGAAACUUGGGCAUUGGAGGAAGAAUAAUAUGUUGAAACUCAUUAAGAAAAGUUAGCAGAAUUUAAAGAAAAUGAAAAAUUAUUUUAAUAUGAGGUUGAUUGUUUAAGAUUAGAAAGAUUAAGAGAGAAAUUAAGUGAUAAAGAAUUUAUUUAACCACUUUUAAAUCUGAAUAAUUGUAGAAUAAUAAAAUUCAACUCUAUCAUUUAGUCAGGGCUUUAUUUAAUUGGUUCAAAUAAAGCUGAUAUUAAUCUUCCUGAUACAAAUAGAUUAAAUAUAAGAAAAUUGGUUCUUGAUGAAAAUCUAAUUUAAUAAAUUGUGUCUUAUAAUCAUAGAGGACCUAAACCAGAACCAUAAUAUAAAUGGUGUUAUGUUGAUCGAGUAUAGAAGAGGAUUGAAAAAAUUGAAUAAGAAUAGGUAGAUGCUUACAAUUUGAUUUUGGGAAGAAUGCUUAAAUUUUUGUAAUUGACAUGUAAAUUAAGAAAAUUAGAUAUUGAAAUUAGAAAAGAAAUUAUUGCUAAUAAAAGAAAGUAAAUUGAAUAAUUAAAGGAAGAAGCAACUAAAUUGGUUGAGCUCAAAGAAGCUGCAUUAAAAGAACACAAAGAAUAAGUAAAUUAUCUUUUUAUUUAAGUUAUCGCCUGAAGAAUAAGAAGAGUUUAAUCAAGAAGAAUGGGAAGCUAAUUUUGAUAGUGAACAUCCAAUGCCAGAAAUACCAGAAAAUCCAGCUGAUGAAAUUGAUGAUGAUUAUAUAGUAGAUCAACCUCAAUAAUGA